CUCGACCAUACCAUCCCUUAAUGCGAGAUCGAUCUGCUUAACCCCUACAUUCCUCGCUUCCAUUCUCAGUCAUAACCCGUCAUGGCCGCCGGCGCUUUCUCCACUACCGGAAGCUCCGCCUCUGCUUCCGGCGGCUUCGCUCCUUCCUUGGUGGAUUCACUUUUCCAGCGUUCCCUCGAUGACAUGAUCAAAGCCCUACGCUCUGCCCCCGGCGGCGAAUCGUCCCUGAUCCACCGCCUCCUCGCCGAGAUACGCCGUGAAAUUCGCUCCACCGAUUCCGACACCAAGUUCCUGGCCCUGCAAAAGCUCACAUAUCUCUCCUCCCUUUACUUCCUCGACAUGUCCUGGGCCGCCUUCCACGCCCUCGAGCUCCUCCCCUCCUCUGUACCCGCUUUCAAGCGCUCCGCUUACCUGUGCGCAUCCCUCUCUUUCCACCAUUCUUCCACCGAACUCUUGCCCCUAGCCACCCAUCAGCUCCGCAAAGACCUCCAAUCUCCCAAUCCUUCCGUCUCCUCCCCUGCGCUACAUCUACUUGCACUCUCUUGCUCCCCCGAUCUCGCCCUUCACUUAUCCAACGAUCUUCUAUCUCUUCUCUCCUCCCCACGCGCUGCAGUUCAUGUACGCUGCCGCGCUGUCUCCACCUCCCUUCCUGUACUCCGCCUCACCCCUGAUUUCGCUCGAACCUUCCUCCCCAAACUUGUCGAAGCACUAUCUCCUUCCUCUCCUCUCCUCUCCGCUGCUGCUGGUGUAUUUUGCGAGCUCGUUUCCUCCGGUGAUCCCCGCCCCUAUCUCCCGCUCGCCCCGGAUUUUCACCGAAUUCUACUCGAGUGCCGCAACAACUGGGUUCUCAUCAAAAUUAUAAAAAUAUUUGCCCGCCUGAUCGUAUUGGAGCCUCGCCUUACGCGCAAACUCGUUGAUCCGAUCUGCGAGCUUAUGCGCCGGUCGCCGGCUAAGUCUCUGGUGUUUGAGUGUCUCCGACUCGUUUUCUCCAGCUUCCCAGAUGAAGAAACGGCCCUGCGGCUUGCUGUGGAGAAGGUGAAGGAGUUUGUUGCUUCGGAUGAUGAUCCCAAUCUUCGUUUCCUCGGUCUACACGGUCUAGCUAUGCUCGGGCCAGGUCAGUCUUGGGUGGUGGAGGAGAGCCGUGAAGCCAUUGUGAAGUCACUUGCUGAUCCUGAUCCAAAUAUCCGUCACGAGGCGCUCCAACUAAUCAUGAGCAUGGUGUUCGAAAACAACGUAGUGGAAAUCUCCUCUAUUCUCAUCAACCAUGCUUUGAUGUCUGAUCCUGAAUUCAGCAAUGUGAUCCUUGAAGCUAUUCUUGUAACCUGUAGCAGGAAUUUUUACGAACUGGUGAUGGAUUUUGAUUGGUAUGUAUCGCUACUUGCUGAGAUGGUAAAGAAUCCGCAUUUCAUGGAGGGGGAGGAGGUUGAGAGGCAGCUUAUUGAUAUUGGAUUGAGAGUGAAGGAGGCUAGGUCUGAACUUGUUCGUGUUGCUCGUGUUCUUUUGAUUGAUCCAGCUUUGCUUGGGAAUCAAUUUCUGUAUAGAGUUCUCUCUGCUGCUGCUUGGAUUUUGGGGGAAUAUAUACAGUUUUCUAGGAACCCCUUAGAGAUAGUGGAAGGUCUUCUGCAGCCAAAAACUACUCUUCUGCCAUCACUGGUGAGAGCUGUUUACAUUCAAGCAGUGUUUAAAAUUGUCACAUUUUGCUUCAGUUCUUUUGUGAAUGUUGGGGUGGUCUCUGAUUUUAAAUGUAAUAUUGAUGAGAAUACUGGUGCUGAAAGUGAGGAUAGUUCUGAUGUGGCCUCGUUCAAACUGGAAUCAAUGGAGAUGAAGGAACUCUUAACUAGUAAAUCCAUCAUCAAUAUGCUGAACUUGAUUGUAACGGCAAUGCUACCAUUGUCAGAAUGUGAUGAAGUGGAGGUUCAAGAGAGGGCGUGUAAUGUGCUUGGUUUGAUUCAUAUUUUGAAUGGGAUUGAGGAGUGGAAAGCUGAUGAUGGAAACUGGAGGAAAGAUGGCAAAAUUAGGGAUUUUGUCAAAUUUAUGAAUGCUGCUUUCUCUGGAGAGCUUGGUCCUGUAUCAAUACAUGCUCAUAAGAGAGCCCUUGUGCCUGAAGGGCUGGAGCUUAGGGAAAACCUUGGUGAUCUUGAUGUGAUACUAAGGGACAAUGGUGUUCAUCCAUCACUUUCAGUAUCUUUCUCCACACGAACACACAGUCAUAAUGAAGAUAAGGAGGACUCUGAACUGACAACUGAGUCUAUUUCUUUGCUUGCUGAGCAUAGGAAACGGCAUGGAUUGUAUUAUCUUUCUACAGAGACGGAUGUGCAUGGGUCAAAUGAGUACCCAAGAGCCAAUGACUAUAAAGAUUCAGUUAGCCCCGACGAUGCUACUAAUGAUCUCUUAAAACUUACAGAUCAGUCCUCAACUUCUAGAUUGAAAAAGCCUGCAAAACCUCGGCCUACAGUUGUAAGGUUGGACGAAGACUUGGAUUUACCAUCUUCUUCAAGGCAUGUAAAGGAACCAGGGGAAGAUAUACUCUCUGGUGCAGUUAGGGAUGUGCUUUCUGCAACAUCAGCAACAGUCCAGAAGACACUUUCUGAGAACCAUACACAUAGUUUGGUGAAAGAAAGUUCAACAAUCAGCAAUGCAGAUUUACCUUUGAAAGAGAAUUCAGUCAUGCGAGAGAGAGAAAUGGGAAGUUCCAGCUCUAGAAAAGGCAAGCAUCAUGGUCAUGGUAAAGAAAAAAACAGAAAUUCUAAGAAAAAUGAGGCUAAAGAAGAAAAAGGCCAUAGGAGUUCCGCAAGGAACAGCCAUCGUCAUGGCAGACACAAGCUUCAGCAAAGAGUAGAAUCAGGGGAUGCUUCUUUAGACAUAGCUCCACAGGCACAAGUUGUUCAAGACCUACUUUUGUGAAAGAAAUCAAAUAGUCUGUUGCAGUCCUACAUACACUUCAAUGAAUGAGGAACUGCUGAUGGAACAAAGAAGAAGUCUUCAGUAUUUUUUCUUUUCAGAGCUGGAAGUUUCAGCAGGUCAGUUCUGGUUUUCUUCCAUAUAUGUAUACUCAGUUACAAUUUUUUGUUAGAUUUUCACUGCAAAUUACAAGGGGCAUUUACGUAAUACCGCAGAAUUCUUAUGUAUUUACAUCCAUGACACUCGAAUCUUUAACAUUGCAUCAAAAAUACGCGCGUAUUUUCUGUCCGGACACUUGACGUAUCUCUACGUGCGGUGCAGGUUAUUUCUGAGUUAUUUUCAGAUUAUUUAUGAGUUAUUUUCAAUAAUCUCGAAAUAACC